CUCGCACUUCUCAGCCAGCAGCCGUCCACUCACCGCUUCUUCUCCACCAUCGCUUUCCUCAUCCUCACGUCUCUCCCACAGGCGCCUAAUCACAAGCUAUCAGACAUUUGACCACUCACGCGUCUGAUUUCUCCCCCGAGUUGUGUCUCACUCGCGCUCCCUUCCUCAUCUCUAUCAUCAGCUGCCCAAUUCUCUGUGCAACCCCCGAACAUGGCGCAUACAAACGGCAAUGGAGCUCAGUCUCACCACACCCAGGCUUUCCAUCGCACUUCCCUCUCCUUCUCACCUCCCACCUUCAAUGGAGCAGGAAGUUUCAGCGGGAUGAUGGCGGCUCAAGCAGCCCACGUUCCCGUUCCCGUACCUCAUGGAGCUGCGGGCGGACAAUCCUUCUCGCCCACUUCUGCUUCUCCUUCUCAUGGCCGCUCCAUCUCCAUCCCAGCAGGCGACCACGCCUCUAGACCCCGACUGCUCACCCCCUUCGAUCAAGGGGACAUCAAGAUUCUUCUCCUCGAGAAUAUUUCUCAAGGUGCGGUGGCUUUGCUCAGGAAUCAGGGCUACCAGGUUGACCAUGUCACAAAAGCUUGGAGCGAGGAAGAAUUAAUCGAGAAGAUUGGGGAUUACCACGUCAUCGGAAUCAGGAGCAAGACGAGACUUACAGCCAAGGUCUUCCGAAAGGCCGCAAAGCUGCUCUCUGUCGGGUGUUUCUGCAUCGGUACAAACCAAGUGGACUUGGAAGCAGCGGCCAAAGCAGGUGUUCCCGUCUUCAACAGCCCAUUUGCCAAUUCUCGCAGCGUGGCCGAAUUGGUGAUUGGCGAGAUGAUCUGCUUGUCUCGUCAACUUGCCGAUCGCACGCUAGAGAUGCGCGCCGGAGAGUGGAACAAAGUGUCGAAGAGCUGCUACGAAGUGCGCGGAAAGACAUUGGGCAUCGUGGGGUAUGGGCACAUUGGAAGUCAAUUGAGCGUAUUGGCGGAAAGCAUGGGCAUGAGCGUGCUCUACUAUGAUGUGGUACCGCUCAUGCCGCUCGGAACUGCAAGGCAGGUGGAUGCGAUCGAAGACCUUCUUGCCAACAGCGAUUUCGUGUCGCUGCAUGUGCCAGAGCUGCCGGAGACGAGGAACAUGAUCAGCACUGCGCAGUUGGCAGCUAUGAAGAAGGGCUCUUACCUGCUCAACAAUGCGCGCGGAACCGUCGUCGAUCUUCCAGCGCUGGUGGAGAGUCUGGAAACUGGACAUCUGGGAGGCGCAGCAAUCGACGUGUACCCCAAGGAACCGGCAGCAAACGGACCAAACACGUUCACAGACAACUUGAACGGCUUUGAGAGCCGAUUGAGAGCGUGCAAGAACGUAAUUUUGACCCCUCACAUUGGAGGCAGCACAGAAGAAGCGCAAAAGAUGAUCGGUACGGAAGUGGCGACCGCAUUGAUCCGCUACAUCAACUUUGGCGCGUCUACCGGAAGCGUCAAUUUCCCCGAGGUCGCUCUCAGAGCCAUUACGGAAGGAGACAAGGGAAUGACGAGAUUAUGUUAUGUGCACAACAACGUGCCGGGAAGUCUCAAGGCUGUCAAUGAGAUCUUGGCGGAUUACAAUGUUGAGAAACAGUCAAGCGAUAGCUUUAGGGACUUGGCUUACCUGCUUGCGGACGUGGCCAACCUGGACCAGGCGGACCUGAGGGAGGUGUACGACAAGAUCACGAAGACCAAGGCCAACAUUCUGACCAGGGUGUUGUCGUAGGCUUGGACACCUUGCAAUGGUUUGUAAGCUCCCACUCGCGCACUCGCCAUCGACGGACGCCUUCAAGCCAAAAUAGUUUCGGUAUUGAAGCGCACUCGAGCUUUCCGUGCUGGCCCCUGACAAAACCCCAUCCAUCUAUCCUAGACCGUUUGCACUGCCUAUGAGGUCCCCUCCGUCUUGAAUACUACUCAUCCAUCAAGUCGAUCCUCUAUCCGCCCAACUUCGAAACUUCAUUGAGCAUAAUCAAUGCUCCCCUCGCCUCACCGUUCCGAUUGAGCAAAAGUUGGGGCUGAUUUCCCCAUCCUGGUCUCAAUCGACUCAAACGUUAUGUUUAUAUGUCUUGUACCAUGGCCAUCCCUUUUCCCUCUCUUUUCCUUAGCGCCUAGAUCGCAAGAUAUUGAUGCCUUCAACAGCA